AUGGCGACUGGGUUUAGAUCGUUCGUUGGGGUUUCUUUGUGUAAGUCCGUUUCGGAUGGGAAUAACCCUCCGAACGACACGAAAUCGAGGGGAUUUUUGCGGAUUAAGGCUAUGGAGGGACCGAAUGGGGUGGCACUUAGCCAAAAUGGAUCGAUUUUGGAGGAGAAAUUGGCGAAUGGGCAUGCGGGGAAAAAUCUCAGUUCAUUGUCUACGGUUGGAAAAUCAACAAACAUAAAGUGGCACGAAUGCUCGGUUGAAAAAGUGGACAGACAGAAUUUGCUUAAUCAAAAAGGAUGUGUUGUUUGGAUCACGGGCCUUAGAGGUUCAGGGAAGAGUACUUUGGCAUGUGCUUUAAGCCAGAGCUUGUACCAGAAGGGAAAGCUGUGUUAUAUUCUUGAUGGUGACAAUGUGAGACAUGGUUUGAAUCGUGACCUUAGUUUUAAAGCAGAGGAUCGCGCCGAGAACAUACGAAGGGUUGGGGAGGUAGCAAAGCUGUUUGCAGAUGCUGGAAUUAUUUGUAUUGCUAGUCUUAUUUCCCCCUAUAGAAGGGAUAGGGAUGCCUGCCGCAGUUUAUUACCAGAUGGAGAAUUUAUUGAGGUCUUCAUGGAUGUGCCACUUCAAGUUUGUGAGGCAAGAGAUCCAAAGGGCCUCUAUAAGCUUGCACGUGCAGGGAAGAUUAAAGGUUUUACAGGAAUAGAUGAUCCUUAUGAGUCGCCAUUGAACUGUGAGAUUAUUUUGAAACAUAACGAUACUGGUGCUUCUCCAAGAGAAAUGGCUGAAAAUGUGGUUUCUUACUUGGAGCAGAAAGGGUACUUGCAGGCAUAAGAAACUGGUGACGGUAUCUGGAUUUCCUUCAAUUCUACAACUAAUUAACCAUAAUGGAGGAGACCACUGGUUUCUUUGAAUGCAUGUUUUAGGAUCAUUAGCUUCCAGGAUUAUAUGUGAAAUGAUUAGAGUAUUAACCAGCCUACUCUUCAUUCUCUUAUCCUUUUCUUUGUUUCUCUUAUUUGUAUGCAUAGUAGAGAUUUGUUUGGUCCCCUUCCACCCAUCCUUCAUGUUACAGCAAGAAAGUGCAUGUGUAUCUCCAC